AACUAGAAUCUAUUUAAUAAGCUGAACGCGGACAACUAACUCUAUAAUACGUCUCUCAAGAAAUAAAGGGGCGUGGCUGCGAUUUAGCAAAGCCGGCACAUGGAAACGGCCAUCCUCUUCCGGGCUCUUCUUCUUCUCUUCACUCUUUCAGAUUCAUUUGGUAGAAUUUGUAGCCUCGGAAUUGGAAUUAAUUAUGGCCAGAUUGCGAAUAAUCUCCCCUCGCCAUCUCGUGUUGCAUCUCUCCUUGGAUCUCUCAACAUAAGCAGAGUGAAACUUUAUGACUCAGAUCCAAAUGUGUUAACUGCAUUUGCCAAUUCAGAUGUGGAAUUCGUCAUCGGGCUCGGGAAUGAGGAUCUCGAGAAGAUGACCGAUCCAGUUAACGCUCAAACUUGGAUUCAACAGCAUGUUCAACCUUACAUUUCCCAGACUAAGAUCACCUGUAUCACCGUUGGGAAUGAGAUCCUAACAGGCAAUGAUACUCGGUUAAUGUCUUAUCUCUUCCCGGCGAUGCAGACAAUAUAUGGGGCGCUUAGCAAUCUCAGGCUGAGCAGGGAGGUGUACGUGACAACUGCUCAUUCAAUUGGAAUCUUAAGUAAUUCCUUCCCACCUUCCUCAGGCACAUUCCGGCCAGAUCUUGCUGAGUACAUGCAGCGUAUAGUCAAUUUCCACUCACAGACGAACUCACCGUUCCUUAUAAAUGCAUAUCCCUUUUUCGCGUACAAAGAUAAUCCUGGCCAGGUCCCACUCGAUUACGUUCUUUUCCAGCCUAAUCCAGGAACGAUGGAUCCAAUUACCAAUUUGAAAUAUGAUAACAUGUUAUAUGCACAAAUUGAUGCUGUUUACUCAGCAAUAAAAGCAAUGGGGUAUACAAAUGUACAAGUUAAAAUUUCAGAAACGGGAUGGCCGUCAAGGGGGGAUUCGAAUGAGGUAGGAGCAACGCCACAGAAUGCGAGAUUAUAUAACAGUAACUUGCUAAGCCGGCUUCAACAAAACGAAGGCACUCCAGCAAAACCAUCAGUGCCAGUCGAAAUCUAUGUUUUCGCACUUUUUAAUGAGAAUCAAAAGCCGGGUCCAGCAUCUGAGAGAAAUUACGGUCUCUAUUAUCCUGAUGGUACACCAGUUUAUGAUAUCGGGUUACAAGGCUUUCUUCCACGCAUGGCUUAUUCUGCUUCCUGGAAAAACGAAUUAUCUUUCUUAGUUCUUUUUCUUUCCCUAGCUUCCUUGAUAUGUUGAUUGGAAGGCAGUGGAUUGACGAAGAAAAGAUGACGAGAGCUAGAAUUUCCUCAAACUUUUGUUUCCGUGCUUUCUUGGGGAGAUCUUAGCAGGAGUCAAACAUAGAAGGCUUCAUUUUCACAAAUCUACCAAUCAAUUCAUCAGUUGGAAAAAGACUUACAAUUUGCUAAUCAUAUUAGUUUAUAGACACCAGAAGCAGUGUAUACUUCAGAAAAAUUUUGUAGUACGUCAAAUAGCAGAAAGCAUUUCUAACCGUCAAGUUAUUGCCACACAAAGCUUAAAAAGGAAUACAAGUCUUAAGUUUUUGUCGGUAGUUUAUGAGCCUUCUACUUCAACCCUAUGUGAUAAUUAAGUACUUUCAUAACUCAAUUUAGACUUAUAAGUGUUUUUUUCCCUUCUGUUGGUUGGUUUAUCUAUAAAACAUUUAUCCGUCCA